AUCCGACUUGUUGAGUGACGAUGGGGGAGGGUCACGUGUGCAGUAGUAGUUCGGAGCAGCACGGCUUGUAGUGUGGAAUAGCUUGUAGUUUACGCCUCAUUUACUGGAACUGCAGACAGAGAAUAUAACUGGCAUGUACCGCACUGUUAACUUAUUGAACAUUUCUCGUUGGACGCAGAGAGGACGUGUUUGUGAUUGCUUUGCAUUGCCAAAGACAGACAGAGGGUCAUGUCUGCGGGAGUAAAUGGGAUUCAAAUGCCGCCUCCGUAGAUCUCUCACCGAGUCGGAGCCUUGCUGUGCAGCUGAUCCUGCCCCCGUGGGUCCCGCGCCAUGUGGAGCUGCGUGCUGUCCAAUGAGACGGACGACAGGGCGGACCAGCGGCUGUGCCAGGACCUGGGCCUGGCGCUGUCGGUGCUGUCGCUGGCCUACCUGCUGGUCUGCUUCCCCACCGGCCUCUGCUACAACGCCCUGCUGGUGGCGGUCAACCUCUCCAACAAGGUGUCCAUGACCAUGCCCGACGUCUACUUCGUCAACAUGGCGGUGGCCGGCCUCCUGCUGGGCGCCCUGGCGCCCGUGGAGCUCCUGGGCCCCGCCUACACCCGCUGGCCCGCCUGGGACCCCGGCAACGAGGUCUUCGUGGGCCUCCUCAUCCUCUUCGACGUGUGCGCGCUGGUCACCAUGUACUCCACGGCCCUGCUGAGCCUGGACUACUACAUCGAGCGGGCCCUGCCGCACACCUACAUGUCCAGCGUCUACAACACCAAGCACGUGUGCGGCUUCCUCUGGGGCGGGGCGGCGCUCACCAGCUUCUCCUCGCUGCUCUUCCACGUCUGCGGCCACGCCUCCGCCAAGAUGGCCGAGUGCGCCAAGAUGCGCGACAAGGAGGCGGCCGACGGCAUCAUGAUGCUGGUGGGCUACGCCGUGCCGGCGGCGGCCGUGCUCUACGCCCUGGCGCUCGUCCUGCGGAUCCGCCGCGAGGCCGCGUCCCUGGAGCCGGACCCCGGCAGCCCCGACCCCGCGGCGCAGCGCCUCCUGCUGGCGUCCGUGUGCGCGCAGUUCCUGCUCUGGACGCCGUACUACGCCGGGCUGCUGGCGCACGCCGUCUCCGGCGGGGCCGGCGCCCUUCCCGGCAGGCCGAGGGGCAGCACGUACCACUUCCUGCGGCGGCUGGCGCAGCUCCUGGCCUUCUCCAGCAGCUUCGUCACGCCGCUGGUGUACCGGCUGAUGAGCCGCGACUUCUCCCACAAGCUCCGGCGGCUGCUCCGGAGGCUCCCGGGAAGGAAGCGCGGCUGCGGCCACGCCCACGACCCCGCCGCGGCGCAGCAGGUAGUCACGUAGCCCCUCCCCCCACCCCACCCCCCGCCACGUUUCACCUCAAGGCCAGAGAUAGGACCCAGCAAAACCCAAUCGCGACAGGCGGACCUGGCUCACAACAUUCCCCCUUAUUCCCUUCCGGGCGACGGCAAGCGGGAGAGACCACUAAGUGCGGCUUUCCUGACCGAGGGAGCCCUGAUAGCGGCUACAGAAAAGCUAAAACCCUCGCAGGUCUCCUCUCUCCUCUGUGCCUCUUGUUCUCCGUGAACGGGACAGGGCGAUCUUCCGUCGCGCGAAGAAUUCGGCUUUUCCACAGCUCCCCCUUCCUGUGAGAAAGAGACGGUGUCUGUACCUCAGUGUGACCCCCCCAGGGCAUUGCUGGCUGAGCCUCUCUGGGCCCAAGUCCUCAAACACAUCGAGCGGAACGUAGUGACCUGCAAACCGCUUCUCUUCUUCACAAACACAACCGCUUGCCGCUCACACACACAACAUACGCUGGAUGGGAGUGUGUGGAAAGGUGUGCUUCUCUUUUAAUGAUCUGUGGCUGUGUGGCAUACAGUGUGUUUGCGUGUGCCUGCGUGUGUGAGUGUGUGUGUGUGCCUGUGUCUGUGUGUGCACGUGUGUUUGUGUGAGUGAGUGUGUGUGUGUGUGCACGUGUGUUUGUGUGUGUGUGUGUGCACGUGUGUUUGUGUGAGUGAGUGAGUGUGUGUGUGUGUGCACGUGUGUUUGUGUGUGUGUGUGUGCACGUGUGUUUGUGUGAGUGAGUGAGUGUGUGUGUGUGUGUGCGUGUGCGUGUGUCUGUGUGUGCACGUGUGUUUGUGUGAGUGAGUGUGUGUGUGUGUGCACGUGUGUUGUGUGUGUGUGUGCACGUGUGUUUGUGUGAGUGAGUGAGUGUGUGUGUGUGUGUGCGUGUGCGUGUGUCUGUGUGUGCACGUGUGUUUGUGUGAGUGAGUGUGUGUGUGUGUGCACGUGUGUGUGUGCGCGUGUGUCUGUGUGUGCACGUGUGUCUGUGUGUGUGUGCACGUGUGUUUGUGUGAGUGUGUGUGUGCGAGCGCGUGUGACUGUGUGUGUGUGUGUGCGCGUGUGUGAGAGAGACCCACAUAGCUACGAUGUAAAGAGUAAAACAGACUCAUUUAAUUUCUAAACCUGCGACCUCAUAGACCUGUAAUAUGAUGCAGUUUUAUUUAUAGACCUGUGAUAUGAUACAGUUUCAUUCAUAGACCUGUAAUACAAUACAGUUUUAUUUCUUAGACCUGUAAUAUAAUACAGUUUCACAGGUUUCUGUAUGCAACCACAAACCACAGUGCUGUCAGUACCUUUACUGAAACUCUAGCUACAUUUUAAUUCACUCAGCACAGUUGAAAAAGUGUCAUAUAUUUUACUUGGAAGUGUCAUGUAUGCAUGUCAAAAACGCACUGAGGUAAAGACGUCUGCUCGCUGGGUCUUUUCAGACCAAGCCGAUGUACGCCGCGUUGAGAGGCCGCGGUCAGAACGCACCGCAGGCCGCCUACGCGU